UUCACUUCAACCUUUUGUUAUUGUUAUUCUCUAUUUUGACUUGCCUGAAGUUAAUGAUGGCAAACCACUCAUCAGUGACAAAAUUCAUUCUUCUUGGAUUGACAAAUGAUGUCAACCUUCAAGCUGUGCUUUUUCUCUUUCUCAUCUUAACUUAUAUCUUAAGUGUCAUGGGAAACUCGGCCAUCAUUCUCUUGACUCUGCUGGAUCACCGCCUCCAGACGCCUAUGUAUUUCUUCCUCCGAAAUUUUGCGUUUUUGGAGAUAUCUUUUACCUCUGUCUUUGUUCCCAAGAUGCUAAUCAAUAUUGGAACUGGAGACAAGACUAUUUCCUUUGCUGGUUGCUUCACACAGUAUUUUUUCGCAAUCCUUCUGGGAGCAACCGAAUUUUACCUCUUAGCAGUGAUGUCCUAUGACCGCUAUGUUGCCAUUUGCAGACCUCUGCAUUACACAACUAUCAUGAGCCGGAGACUUUGCUUCCAACUAGUUUUAAGUUCCUGGUUAUCUGGUUUUAUAGUUGUUGCUGUGCCACAUGCAAUGACUCUUCAGUUGCCUUUCUGUGCAUCCAACAUCAUCAAUCAUUAUUGCUGUGACUACACUAUAUUGCUGCAUUUAUCAUGUUCAGACACACACUUCAUAGAAGUGAUCCAGUUCCUCCUGGCUGCUGUGACCCUCAUCCUCACCUUGCUGUUGGUGAUUCUCUCCUACACACACAUUAUCAAGACCAUUUUGAGGAUCCCUUCUGCUCAACAGAGAAAAAAAGCUUUCUCUACAUGUUCCUCUCACAUGAUAGUGGUCUCACUCUCUUAUGGAAGUUGUAUUUUCAUGUAUAUAAAUCCUUCUUUUAAAGAUGCAGCAAAUUUUAAUAAGAGAGUAGCUGUUUUAAAUACCUCUGUUGCACCUCUGUUAAACCCAUUCAUCUACACUCUUAGAAACAAGCAAGUAAAAAUAGCCUUCAAAGAUAUGCUAAGCAAGACUAUAAGUUUCUUUAAAAAGUAAAACUCUUUGAGGCUUAGUACUAAGGUAAUAAAGGUUUAGAACACUACAGUCGCA